UGUAAUCUGAAUAGGCUACACGGGUACACACUACACACCUUAACGCGUUUCUGAGUAUCCUUUUCGGGCAACACAUGAUUACAGAAUAGGAGAUACUGAUCGCUCCCUGAUGCGGACGCAACAUUCGAUCUGAUCGAAAACGGAAAUCAUUUUGACCUCUACCGGCAAACGGCCAUGAAAGCUCUAUGUAGAAGAUUAACAAAUUCUUCAUCUCGUGUUAUUCUAUUCAUUUUCCUGGUCCCACUUCACAUUACUUUAGUAGGAGCAGAUGCAUUUGACACUUUAACUAUUCAAAAAGAGAUUAAUGGUCAUCAACCCUUGUUUGACUGUCCUCAGUGUAUAGAUAAGAAGGAACAAGCUAACACAAGCUCUGUGACAGCUGGAAACCAUCAAGUGGAGAAGGAUAUUGACAUAAUAGUGACAUACACAGACACUUCUGGUGCCAUACGUAUUAAAACCAUCAAGUCCAAAGAUUUAUCUCCUUCAUGGGUCUGGAAAAAUCCCAUUGAUGACAAUCAGGUCAAAGAGGAGUCAAAGUUACAUACACUAAAAGAUCAGCCUGACACAAGAAUUGAAGCCAACAACGAGUUUUUUGCAGAUGUAAACAAACAGCCACAUAAACCAUUGUUUCCAGUGCAUCCAACAAAGCUCAGGCGUCAGGCCUUACGCCAGGAAAGAAGGGAUCGUCGAACUGCAGAGUUGAUCCAAAUAGGCGAAAAGAGGGACAUUCAAAUACAGGAAGCUGCCAUUGAACGUGCUAAAAACUUUGACAUACAUGUCAAAGCUAAAUACAGUAUUUGGAGACGAGAAUAUGAAAGCCCUAAUUCCGAUUCCACUGUUAAACUCAUGCGUGACCAAAUUAUAAUGGCAAAAGCAUAUGCAAGUAUUGCAAAAGCCAAAAAUGCAACUGGAAUCUAUGAUUCCCUAAUUAAACAUUCCAAAAGAAGCCAACAAGCAAUCGGAGAAGCCACUUACGAUAGCGAACUUAACCCAAGUGCAGUUGACCGGGCUAAAGAAAUGGGACAUAUUCUAUCCUUGGCAAAAGACCAAUUUUAUGAUUGUAUUUUAAUGGCAAGAAAAUUAAGGGUUAUGCUUCAGUCAACCGAGUCAAACGUUGAAGAAGUGAAGAAAAAGAGUGCAUCUUUAACACAAUUAGCUGCAAAAACUGUACCUAAACCCUUACAUUGCCUUCCUUUAGUUCUCACAACAGAUUAUUUCUUGCUAAGUGAAAAAGAAAAGAACUUUCCAGAAAGCAAGAAUCUUGAAGAUCCAAAUCUAUACCACUACGCGAUAUUUUCCGAUAAUGUCCUUGCAACAUCUGUAGUUGUGAAUUCGACUGUUUUACACGCAAAAGAGCCUGAAAAACAUGUUUUUCAUAUUGUGACAGAUAAGUUAAACUUUGCAGCCAUGAAGAUGUGGUUUUUGGUCAACCCUCCAGGAAAGUCAACGAUCCAGGUUCAAAAUGUGGAUGAGUUUACUUGGUUGAAUGCUUCUUAUUGCCCUGUUCUUCGUCAGCUUGAAUCCUCUAGGAUGAAGGAGUAUUAUUUUAAGGCGCACCAGACAUCGACUUUGACAGCUGGAUCGGAUAAUUUGAAAUAUAGGAACCCGAAGUAUUUGUCGAUGUUGAAUCAUUUGAGAUUUUAUCUUCCUCAAGUGUACCCAAAGAUGGAGAAGAUAUUGUUUUUGGAUGAUGAUAUUGUGGUUCAGAAGGAUUUGACACCUUUAUGGAGUGUUGAUUUGGGAGGGAUGGUGAAUGGUGCUGUGGAGACGUGUAAGGAGAGUUUUCAUCGGUUUGAUAAGUAUUUGAAUUUUUCUAACCCUAAAAUUUCGGAUAAUUUUGAUCCGUAUGCUUGUGGUUGGGCUUUCGGGAUGAAUAUGUUUGAUUUGAAUGAGUGGAAGAAACGCGAUAUAACUGGAAUUUAUCAUGGCUGGCAAAAUAUGAAUGAGGAAAGGACUCUGUGGAAGCUUGGGACGUUGCCACCUGGACUGAUAACAUUUUAUAACCUGACGCAUCCAUUGGAAAGGAGCUGGCAUGUGUUGGGGCUUGGAUAUGAUCCGGCUCUUAACCAAAGUGAAAUUAAGAAUGCGGCUGUGGUACAUUACAAUGGGAACUAUAAACCAUGGUUAGAUCUUGCGAUUGCUAAGUACAGGUCUUAUUGGUCUAGGUAUGUGAAGUUUGAUAAUCCGUAUCUUCAACUUUGUAACAUUAACAGCUUCAUGUUAUCAUGAUAUUCUUGUCUCACAUUUUUGCUUCUUAGUAUAUGAGUUAAAUGUAACAAAAUUUGUGCACAUAUAACAUGAUUUACAUAUUUGGGAUGGAGUUGCAUGUUGUAUA